AUGAUAACACCAGACAGAAAAAACACAAAAACGCCAUUCUCAUCAUACAUAUGUAGCCCAGUAUCAGGGCAAAAUUUGGCCAAAGUCCGUUCCAUCUCAUAUACCUACUACUUCUUUCUGUACACCCAAGCAUGCUGCCCAAAGUCUAAGCGACAGUGUUCCCGUCCUUCUCCAAGUAUCGCAAGGAAGACGAGAGACAAGGAAGAAGCUAAGCGAUUCUUGAUCGUGCUUCCUUCUAUAGCUGCAAAUGUCUUGGGGGCUAUGAUUCUGGUAGCCGUAAGCCAGAGCUCUCUUAGGAGAAGGUCGGUUGGUUUAUGGGGAAAAGGUGAUGUAGAUGUUUCUGACUAUUGGUUGAUCGUCACGCUCGGAUUGGAGUCUUUUGUUCAAGCUGAUGAUCGAAUUCUGAUAUCUACCGUGCUUGGUCUUUCAGCGAUGCAAAAGAAUAUAGUUCAUGUUCAGGACCCAGAUUCCGCGCCAGAUUCCUGCCAGUCUUCACACGCCCCUGCCCAGCAUCAAGUAGUAGUGGCAAACAAAGUGGUCGGCAACUAUGCAAACGUCAACUCAGAGUACAGAAUUCCAGUAGACGGCUUCUGCGGACAGAACUCCGCAGAAGGUUUGCAAGAGUACUUGAACACGGUUGUUGAUGUGGCCUUCGUCGCCACAUGA